AUGCCUUGUCCUUCAUUCCACAAGCUUGUUCUACCUUCCACUCUUCAAGCUAAGCAACUGAGGCUUCCAGAUGAUUUUGUGAGGAAAUACGGGGGCGAUAUUUCUCCGAUUGUAACUCUCAUAGUUCCUGACGGAAGUGUGUGGCAUGUAGAAUUGAAAAAGGAAGACAACAAAUUUUGGUUCCUCAAUGGCUGGCGUGAAUUUGUUCAAAACUAUUCCAUCGGUGCUGGAUACUUGUUGCUGUUCAGAUACUUAGGAAAGUCGUCUUUCAAUGUGAAUAUAUUUUGUUUGGCUACUUCUGAGAUUAACUAUCAAUCGCCCGCACAAAGCAGUAACGAAGGGUCUCUUGUUGCAAAACGUCUUAAGAUUUUCGAAGAAAUGGAAGACGAAGAUUCCAUUGAAAUCCUCAGUUCGUCGCCUACAAACCUUACUCCUAGCCCGUUUCCAAACAAAGCUGUUUUUGGAGCAUCUGAUAAAUUCACGCCUGGCAAGUCUCGUUCGCCUCCAGCUCUGCAGAAUCUGUUUAAUGGAUCUAAACUUAAUAGCAUAAACUGGGGAGAAAGUGGGAAUACUCCUUCUUCCAGAAGUGCUAGUUCAAUAGACAGUCACUUGACCCGAGAUAUAGGUCUCCAGUUUAAUGUAAUUGAGUUUAAAAAGUCUACUGAAGAGGUGAGGUUGCGUGCGGCCACUGAUGAAAAGGUUAAAAAAACUGCGACUAAGAAACGAAAAUCAGAUGUUCAGGAACCUCCUUCCGAACACGAAGAUGAGGUAGAAAUGCGCAAUAGGUUUUAUGAAAGUGCGUCUGCAAGGAAAAGAACUGCUACAGCUGAAGAAAGAGAAAAGGCUAUCAAUGCAGCAAAAGCAUUUGAACCAUCUAAUCCUUUCUGUCGAGUCGUCCUGCGACCCUCCUAUUUAUAUAAGGGAUGCAUAAUGUAUCUACCAUCAUGCUUUGCGGAGAAGAAUUUGAAUGGCGUUUCAGGAAUUAUCAAACUUCAAAUCUCAGACGGAAGACAGUGGCCGGUUCGCUGUCUUUAUAAAAGCGGUAGAGCUAAGUUAAGCCAAGGAUGGUUUGAAUUUUCGUUAGAGAACAAUUUAGGAGAAGGCGACGUGUGCGUCUUUGAGCUGGUUGACACGAAGGACGUCGUGCUGCAAGUGACUUUGUUUCGUAUUACCGAGGAUGAUGCACUGCCGAGCCCGCCACCUUUGCAGCAGAACCAACUCGCAAGCCCUGCUAAACUGUUAAUAAACAGUUCCUUUCAGAAUCAGCUCGCUUCAACUAAACUGAUUAGAAACUAA